ACGCAGAGACACCCGCUCCGCUGCGCCAUCGUAUCUUAAAGAAAACAGCAGUGAAUAUUUGUACAUACAUAAUUAUCUUAUCGUCGCGUCUGCAGCACUUCUGACCACGUCCAGCACACGAAUCCGUUAACAGUCGACGCUCAAUUGGGAUUCCGCCUUGCACACGUAGCUGCCUACAACAAUGCUGAAAAUCGCAGCGGAAGGCAUCGCUCCACGUCUGGCGGCCUGUUGCCUUAUCAAUAGCAGCGCCCAGAGCAGCUGCCAGCGAGUGGCGCCACAGGCGGCAAAAGCCACACAGAAGUGCCUCUCACAAUCCCAUAUGCUCCACAAGAAGCUGGUGAUCAAGGAUCACUACGAUUUCGAUCAGAAGGUCAUAAACAGCGAUAAUCCAGUAAUUGUGAACUUUCAUGCGGAAUGGUGCGAUCCCUGUAAAAUACUCACGCCCAAAAUGCUGGAACUAUUGGAGAAUUCGAAUGAAAUCGAUUUGGCGAUCAUCGAUGUGGAGGCCAAUCUGGAUUUGGUGGAAACGUUUGAGGUUAAGGCCGUGCCCGCCGUGUUGGCCUUUCGCAACGGCGUCGUCGUGGACAAGUUCAUCGGCCUGGUGGAUGCCAACAGCAUUGAGACCCUCAUCGACAAGCUCAAGCGCAAGCAGCAGCACAGUCAGUAGCUCCAACAGCAGCAGCAGCAGCAGCAGCAGCAGCGGGAUGAGUUGUAGCAGUAGCAGCAGAAGGAGGAGGAGAAGUAGCAGCAGCUCCUCUUACAUAGAUAUUAUUGUAUUUUGCGGCCUUAAGAAUUUAAUUGGUGCACGGCACAGCGGGUUACGGCGGGGCGGGUGCUCAACAUAGAAAUUAUGAUUACCAUGAAGAUUGGCUAAUUGAUCGAUUGAUCGAUAAUAUAUAUAAAUGUAUAUCGGAAUAGGCCGUCAAGCGUAUUGCUCAAUAAACCUUGCGGCUCGCUUCCUCGAGUCACGGCCAGUCUGUAAGCUAUGGCAAUAACUAAACUCCUUAAUAAUACUAUAUAGUUUAGUUAGUUAGCUAACCAUCUGAUGUAAGACUCCUUAAGUUUCAAGGCCUUAGUAUUGUGUGUUUUUUUUUAUUUAAAUAGUUGGUAGCAGAUUCUGUAAUUAAAUUGUUAUUAAACAUAAACAAAUAUUGCAAUUGUAUGCCAAAUAACUUACGCUUUUUAGGGCCUUAAUUUGA